CGAGAUUGAUAAGAUAUAAAAUCUAAUGCCAAAUUGAAAUAUUUAGUACUCCCUCCGUCCCCCUGUAUUUGUUCACUUUCAUUUUUACACAUCAUCCAAUGCACUUAUUUAAUCCAUUUUAUCUUGUAAUUUGUAUAUUAAAAAUGGAAAAAGGGAAAAUGGGAAAAUGGGAGGGUCAUGGGCAAAAAAAUCAGAAAUGCUACCAAACUGGGGGGGGUUCCACACUUCCACUUACAUCAAUCCGGUGGAUUUGAGGAGGAAACCUGAAGCAUCUUUUUUUCCGGCCUCUUUCAUCUUCUUCAUAUCUUUAACCAGCUUUCUCCCAUCCAUUGAUCUCGCUCAAUAGCAAGGCAGGCGAAGAUGUUGUGGGUCGACAAAUACCGCCCAAAAACCCUAGACAAGAUCACCGUGCACGAAGACAUCGCCGAGAAUCUUAAGAAACUGGUUACAGAACAAGAUUGUCCGCAUCUACUGUUUUACGGGCCAUCAGGUUCCGGCAAGAAAACCCUAAUCAUGGCCCUUCUCCGGCAGAUAUUUGGAGCCAGUGCGGAUAAAGUGAAAGCUGAGAACAAAGUCUGGAAGAUUGAUGCUGGAAGUAGGACCAUAGAUGUAGAACUCACAACACUGUCAAGUACACACCAUGUGGAACUUAGUCCCGGUGAUGCUGGUUUUCAAGACAGAUAUGUUGUUCAAGAGGUAAUAAAAGAUAUGGCAAAGAAUAGAUCCAUUGAUACCAAAGGAAAGAAGGGAUUCAAAGUGCUGGUGCUGAAUGAAGUUGACAAUCUCUCAAGAGAAGCACAACAUUCUCUUCGAAGAACAAUGGAGAAAUACAGCACUUCAUGUCGUCUGAUCCUUUGCUGCAAUAGUUCUUCCAAAGUUACAGAAGCUGUCCGUUCUAGAUGCCUCAAUGUACGAAUAAAUGCACCCAAGGAAGAAGAGAUCGUAAAGGUUUUGGAAUUUAUUGCUAAGAAAGAAGGACUUCAACUCCCACCUGGAUUUGCUGCUCGUGUAGCAGAAAAGUCAAGGAGAAGUUUGAGAAGAGCAAUACUGUUAUUUGAGACUUGUCGUGUUCAACAGUAUCCCUUUACGAAUAACCAAGCAAUGCCUCCAAUGGACUGGGAGGAAUAUGUUGCAGAGGUAGCAUCAGACAUUAUGAAGGAACAGAGCCCUAAAAGGUUGUUUCAGGUUCGAGGAAAGUUGUAUGAAUUGAUCUCUAACUGUAUUCCGCCUGAUGUUAUUUUAAAGAGGCUUCUCUUUGAACUACUGAAGAAAUUGGAUUCUGAGUUGAAGCAUGAGGUUUGCCAUUGGGCCGCGUACUAUGAACAUAGGAUGCGCUUGGGACAGAAGGCCAUAUUUCACCUUGAAGCUUUUGUGGCCAAAUUUAUGAGCAUAUAUAAAAACUUCCUCAUUGCAACCUUUGGGUGAAGAUGAACAUUGUUGAGGCCUGCAAAUUUCUUUACCUUGUAGUUGGGAGUUGGGUCUCUUUUGUGAAAGAUGAUGAUGCUGGUACCCAAAUUGCUUUUAUCUCUUUGUUUUUGGGCAAGUACAAAGUAAAUUGGGAGCACCAUGUUGCCAAUUAAAUACCCAAUUUGCCCCUAUGUUGCAACUUUUUGUGGACUAGCAUCAUUAAACACAAUGUACUUGUGGAGUAAGGAUGCUUUAAGUAUUGGUGUAGAAUUUUUUUAUUUUGUUAAUUAUUACUCCCUCCAUCCUAAAAAAAUUUUCCAAGUUACU